UAGGCUUCAUCCAAUUUAAUUUUCCUCUUCAUUUCUUGGUUAAAAAAUUUGGGAGUUCCAAAACUCCAUUUUUUCAACAACCCAGCUUCUAGGUUUUCUAUCUUUGACCCCAAAUGAUGAAAUUUUGAUGGCAGAAAAACCCGCCCAGUAAUGGACUGUUCUAUUCGGUCGAUUGAAGAUGAAUAACACUCAAGAUCAACAACCCGAGUCCACCGGAAUAUUUCAUUCGGUACAACCUCUUCGUGACCUCGAAUCAAAUUGGGCUGUAGAUUUAGCAAAGAAUCUUUCGGAAUAUUUGCUUAAGAUCUGCUCCGGUGAAAUUACCUCCGACGACCACGAUGUUCCUCAACUCUCCGUAAAUUUUGCCGAAGCUGCUUUGCUGCUGCAGGGUUCGGUGCAAGUGUACAGUAGAAAGGUGGAAUAUUUAUAUUCUUUGGUUUUGCAUGCGUUGGAGUUCAUUUCCCAGAAGAGUUCACAAGAACAAGGAACGAGUGCAUCAGCCCAAUCAGAAGAAAGUGGUUUAGAGGCUCCUCAUGAGGAAGAAGAUGAUAGAUUUUGGGGCUUAGAUGACAUUCCAGUUGAAGCAAAGAAUAUAUUAGAUAGUGUGAAUGGCAAAGAUAUACCAGCACAUCAUUUUGUGAGACCCCCUGCAAAUUUGGUUGUCCUUGAAGGUGAUUGCUUAGAUGCUAUUGGAGAUGCUGGGGAACUAGAGUCCUAUCUGCUAGCCACCAAUGAUCUUUUCCAGGAUUUUAUUUUGUUAGACUCAUCUGAUGCAGUAGCAGUCAUCGACUUCUUGAACAGUCAGAGUAAAGCUGGAAAACUCCACAAUGAUGUCUGUAGAGGAAGCUCCUUGAACUGUAAAAGUCGCAAGAGCUUUCAGUCCCCAACCAGACAUUCUGGGGGUACUGGCCACAAGCUGUCGGCUCAAAAAUAUCAAGAUGCUGAAAUCAAUCAGUCCCCAUUGGUCGAUCAUGGUGUCAAAUUGAAUGACCAUGGUGUUGGGUCUUCUCUGCCUGCCUAUGAUUUUCCUGGAGAUGACGGUGGUCAUUUCAACAUGGAAAAUGAGUAUGCCGAAUCAGAUGAUUCUGAUAGUGAUGAUCCAUGGAAACCUCUCAAUCCCCAUGAACCAGGGAAUUUAAAAGUCAAGCCUUAUAAAAGAGUCAAAGUGAAAGGAAGGCUGGUGGCCAAUUGGCGGAAAUCUGAUCCUCUGAUGGCAGAGUUUCCUCUUGCAAGACAAGAUGGUCCUAGUUCAGAACUCGCUGAAAUAUGGGAAGCAAGAUGCUCCACCUUACAGAGGCCAGCUGAACCACAUUCUCCUCCACUCUUUGAGAAGCUGCGGCAAUCAUUUUUUGUUCGAGGGAGGAACACAGAAUACAAUGCUGUUCCUAAUCCUAAAGAGAACAACACAGAUAAUGGAUAUGACAGUGAGGAUCCAGGAAAUGAGCCGCCUGAUUUUGACAUGCCAGAGGAUACAUACACUUAUGAAGAUGUACCUCAGCAAGAUAAGCAUGAUGGUGACAUUCACUUGGACCGAGAUGAAGGUUAUGAAAAUCCCACUUCUCAUGCAAGCCUUGAAGAUCUUUGUCGCUCCCACUUGGAUUCUCUCCUUGCUAGUCUUGCUGAAACUGAGAAACAGACGGAAUUAGCUGCUCGGGUUUCAACAUGGAAACAGAGAAUUGAGCACAACUUGGAAGAGCAAGACUCGCGGCCUCCAUUUGAUAUUCAUCAGUAUGGUGAAAGGGUUAUGGAUAAGCUACAUAUGGCAGGAGACACCGGAAUUUCCAUGUCUUUCGCUGAUGUGGUCAAGGGCCAAGAAAAGCACGAUGUUGCUCGAACAUUUUCUGCGCUUCUUCAAUUGGUGAACGAUGGAUACGUGGAUUUGGAGAAGAGUGGGGGUGAUAGUGGAUCUAUCUGUUACACGGUUGGGAAUCCAUUUCUGGUCCAUCUCCUCCAAAACGAGAAGCGAAGUGAUGUAGCACCGCCUCAAUUGUCAAAGAAGAGAGCUAAAUCUCCUAAAGGGUGCACUAGAGGUGAAAGGCACAACAAGCCUGGUAAAGAAAACUGCCCCGUUGCAGGCAUACCAAUACCAUCUUCGGUAUCCACCUCGACUUGUAGACUCUCUGUAAAACUGGGAAAGCCUGGCGGUGUCUCGAAAAUCUGUACUCCUGAAGGCAAAAAGAGGCGAAAAUCGCGCUUGGUUGAACCGGUGAACUUACAUCUAGCAGGAUAACAGAGUCAGAAUGUUAUACUGUGGACCUUAACAGAUAGAUCAUUUGCUGAAUAGGGAGUGUAGUAAUGUAGAAGACAAAGGUGGAAUUAGAGCUGUAGUAAUUCUAACAGUUAGUAGAGAAGUUGAUUAGCUAAAACUGAUACCUAGAAUGUACCGUACUAAAAGAUA